GGCCCAGAUUUUAUUAUAUGUCGGCAACUGCUAACACAAACCCUAGCUUACAUUACAUAUCCCCGGAGUAGUCUCAAACUCCGCCUCUCUUCUCUAGUUCUCGCGCCUCUCGAUUCUCGCCCAGUUUCACCAAAGAUGGUUCUAUCUAAUGAUGUGGAUUUGCUAAACCCUCCGGCUGAGCUUGAGAAAAGGAAGCACAAGCUUAAGCGCCUCGUGCAAUCCCCCAACUCUUUCUUCAUGGAUGUCAAGUGCCAGGGUUGCUUCAAUAUAACCACUGUGUUCAGCCACUCCCAGACAGUUGUAGUGUGCGGCAAUUGCCAGACUGUGCUGUGCCAACCUACUGGUGGUCGUGCCAGGCUUACCGAGGGCUGCUCCUUCCGGAAAAAGGGAGAAUGAAGAACAUAUACUCCACCAAAGGAUUUUUUGGUUGGUUUUUUAAUUUUGAUGUAUUAUGCUCUUUGAAGACGUGAUGUGUUUCUCUAUGUAGUAACCUUUUAAUUUAAUUAAAUCUAGAUUUGGAUUAUGUUUUA